AUGGAGUUUGCUAUGGUAGGUGCGGACGGCGGGUGCAACAGCCACCUGCCUUACGGAUAUGCCCAGGCUCGCGCACGGGAGAGGGAGCGCGAGAGGGAGCGCCAGGCUGCCCAGUCGCGAGCGGCGGCCGCCGCGGCUGCCGAAGGUGGCUCCGGUGUGGAGGGGGGAGGCGUGGGGGGGUCCACCACCUCCUCCUCUUCCUCCUCCGCCGCCGCCUCCGCCUCCUCGGGCGCUCAUCUCCUUAACAACCACCAGCAUCAGCCUCGCGCCGCCUCCUCCACGUCCAACGCCAACAACAGCAGCGGCAGCGGCACCGCCUCGCGCCCCUCCUCCUCCUCCUCCUCCUCUUCCUCGCAGCCGCCACAGCACCAGCACCAGCCCGAGCAGCAGCACAGAGUUCUCCGAGAGCGGAAAAAGCAGCGCGGGCGGUGGAGACGGAGCGGACGGACGACUCUCGGCGGGGAUCUGCGCCACUCCGAGUUGGCGCUGCUCGGAUCCGAGGAAGACGUUAUGAUAGAGGAGGAAGAGGCCGAGGGCGCCGAGGAAGAGGAGGAGGGGGAGGAGGGGGACCGGGGCAGCAAAAGGUCCAGUUUUCUGUGCAACAUGGAUGAUGAAGAGGAGACCGUGUCGCUCACUGACCGGCGUCCCCAGUCCGGAUACGAGAACGUGUACAGCGAGUACGGCUGCUGCGAGAGAGUUGUCAUCAACGUGUCCGGUCUGAAGUUUGAGACGCAGCUGAAGACUCUCACUCAGUUCCCGGACACGCUCCUGGGAGACCCCGACAAGCGAAUCAGGUACUUUGACCCGCUGAGGAACGAGUAUUUCUUUGACAGGAACCGGCCGAGCUUCGACGCCAUUCUUUACUAUUACCAGUCGGGGGGGCGCUUGAAAAGACCGGUCAACGUCCCGUUUGACAUCUUCUCCGAGGAGGUGAAGUUUUACGAACUCGGGGAGGAGGCGAUACUGAAGUUUCGGGAGGAUGAGGGCUUUGUCAAAGAGGAGGAGAAGCCUCUGCCGGAGGACGAGUUUAAACGCCAAAUUUGGCUACUUUUUGAGUAUCCGGAGAGCUCCAGCCCCGCCAGAGGAAUAGCAGUGGUGUCAGUGCUGGUUAUAGUCAUUUCCAUCGUCAUUUUCUGUUUGGAGACGCUGCCAGAGUUCAGGGAUGAAAAAGAGUACCUACAGCCACGACUUAACUCAACCCAACCUGACCACGGAUUUACUCCCUUCAACGACCCCUUUUUCAUCGUGGAGACGGUUUGCAUCAUCUGGUUUUCCUUUGAGAUUAUAGUCCGCUUCUUUGCGAGCCCGAGCAAACCCGCUUUCUUUAAAAACAUUAUGAACUCAAUAGACAUUGUAUCCAUUUUGCCUUAUUUCAUAACUCUCGGCACGGACCUGGCCCAGCACCAAGGCAACGGGCAGCAGGCGAUGAGCUUUGCCAUCCUGAGAAUAAUCCGCCUUGUCAGGGUGUUUCGCAUCUUCAAACUGUCCAGGCACUCCAAGGGGCUGCAGAUCCUGGGUCACACCCUCCGUGCCAGCAUGAGGGAACUGGCCCUGCUCAUUUUCUUCCUGGUCAUAGGUGUCAUUUUGUUCUCCAGCGCGGUGUACUUUGCAGAGGCGGAUGAGCCCACCUCUCAAUUUACCAGUAUCCCCGACGCUUUCUGGUGGGCGGUGGUGACCAUGACCACGGUGGGAUACGGAGACAUGAAACCCAUCACCGUCGGUGGGAAGAUAGUGGGCUCCCUGUGCGCGAUCGCAGGCGUGUUAACCAUCGCCCUCCCGGUGCCGGUCAUUGUUUCCAACUUCAACUACUUCUACCACAGGGAGACCGAUAAUGAAGACCAGACACCGGUGGUGGAGAGCAUGCCUCCAGGCUGCCCCUAUUUCCCGGACUUUCUGAAGAAAUUCAAAGGCUCACCCUCCGGCUCCUCAAUGGGCGACAAAGCGGAGUAUAUGGAGAUGGAGGAGGGGGUGACGGAGUCGCUCUGUGGGCUCGACAAAAGCCCCAGUAAAGGAAACGGCACAGACAUCAGCAGGAAAAACAGUAACUCAAAAUCCAUUCAGACUGAUGUGUGAUAACGGAUAGAGAUUGUUUUCUUUAUUAAAGAAGAACACGCCCUAUUAAGAUACUGUAUGUCCAACAGCAGGUGGUCACCCUAGAGCAAGUUUUACGCACGCGUUAGCACGCACGCGCGCGCACACACGUGUGUA